ACACACACACACACACACACACGAAUUGCCAGAACUAAGGGGCAGUGGUACGAGAGGUGGGCAGGAAAGACAUCUCUAAGAGAAGACGGGAGAACCUAGCGCGGGGGCGAGCCUGGAGAGCAGUCACCCAGGAGCGCGCGCGGAACUCUGGAGCGGGGGAGGCGCGCCAAGUGUCACCUGGUGGGACAAAGCCGUCCAGAGCCUGGGACCGGCUGGAACCAAGGCGAGGCUGGUGGAGGAGUGGAAGGGUAGGAGACAGGGCAGGGGGCGGGAACCAAGAGAGGCGGGCGAUGUGGUGGGCGGGAGCCUGAGCCACCAGCGCUCCGGGAGCAGGUGGAACCCGGGCUGUAGCCCAGUCGGCGGAUCUGAGCGGGACUUCACUGGGACCAUGGAGCUGCUCAAGCUGAACCGCAGUACGCAGGGACCCGGACCCGGGCCGGGGUCCUCCUCAUUAUGCCGCCCGGGUGUCCCCCUCCUCAACAGCAGCAGCUCUGGCAACCUCAGCUGCGAGCCCCCUCGCCUCCGCGGAACCGGGACCAGAGAAUUGGAGCUGGCCAUUAGAGUCACCCUUUAUGCGGUGAUUUUUCUGAUGAGUGUUGGCGGAAAUGUGCUCAUCAUCGUGGUCCUGGGACUGAGCCGGCGCCUGAGAACUGUCACCAAUGCCUUCCUGCUCUCCCUGGCAGUCAGCGACCUCUUGCUGGCUGUGGCUUGCAUGCCCUUCACACUCCUGCCCAACCUCAUGGGCACAUUCAUCUUCGGCACAGUCAUCUGCAAGGCUGUUUCCUACCUCAUGGGGGUGUCAGUGAGUGUGUCCACGCUAAAUCUCGUGGCCAUAGCCCUGGAGCGGUACAGCGCCAUCUGCAGACCACUGCAAGCACGGGUGUGGCAGACACGCUCCCACGCAGCGCGGGUGAUCUUAGCCACCUGGCUACUGUCUGGACUACUGAUGAUACCUUAUCCUGUGUACACCGCAGUGCACCCAGUGGGGCCUCGAGUGCUGCAGUGUGUGCAUCGCUGGCCCAGCGCUCGUGUCCGCCAGACCUGGUCAGUGCUGCUGCUAAUACUUUUGUUCUUCGUCCCGGGUGUGGUUAUGGCGGUGGCCUACGGGCUCAUCUCUCGCGAGCUCUACCUUGGGCUUCGCUUUGAUGGUGACGACAGUGAAACCCAAAGCCGGGUCCGAAACCAAGGAGGCCUGCCGGGUGGGGCAGCACCAGGGCCUAUCCACCAGAACGGGGCUUGCCGGCCUGAGACUAGCCUCCCUGGGGAAGACAGUGAUGGCUGCUAUGUGCAACUUCCGCGUUCCCGGCUGGAGAUGACAGCGCUGACCACGCCCACUCCCGGGCCCGGGCCAGGCCCUCGGCCCAACCAGGCCAAGCUGCUGGCUAAGAAACGGGUGGUGCGAAUGCUGCUGGUGAUUGUUGUGCUUUUCUUCCUGUGUUGGCUGCCAGUGUACAGCGCCAACACGUGGCGCGCCUUCGAUGGCCCAGGGGCACACAGAGCACUCUCAGGGGCCCCCAUCUCUUUCAUCCACUUGCUGAGCUAUGCGUCUGCCUGUGUCAACCCCCUGGUCUACUGUUUCAUGCACCGCCGCUUUCGCCAGGCCUGCCUGGACACAUGUGCCCGCUGUUGCCCACGGCCUCCACGAGCUCGCCCCCGGCCUCUUCCAGAUGAGGAUCCUCCUACCCCUUCCAUUGCUUCACUGUCCCGGCUAAGCUAUACCACCAUCAGCACACUGGGGCCUGGCUGAGAGGUUGAGUGAGUGGAGAAUGAGACAGGACACACGAUCCCUAUAAACCGACCCAUCCAAACACAAAAGAAACACACCAGGACUAAUCCAGGAGGACACCCAACAGCAUGGAUAGACCCCUCCCCACAGAAAAUGUUGUCGUUGCUGUUUCACCUGAAACACAGGAAAGGAGGCACACUUCUGAUAAGGGACUGAGUCCCACCCUAGACACCUGGCACUGACCCCACUGGAUAGACAAACACAGUGUCUACAGCAGUGAAUUUUCCCUCUACAAGGAGAGCUCUGACAAGGGCUGACUGACUCUUCAUAUGCAUACAUUAAUGGCACUAUUCUAUAGUGCCCAUAGCCUAGUGCAAGACGGACUUAGGGCAUUGCAGACUGUCCCCAGUUUGACCUCAUCAUCCCCUUCCUCACCCAGCAUUGAAAAUAUUAGUAGGCCGAAUCACACACACCUUCCCAACAUAUGGACCUUUCAGCAAUGAAAAGUCCCGUCAUCUCUUUCCAUUAGGGACUGUAGCCCUGCUCCUCUUCCUUCACCAGACCACCUCAUAAAAUAAUAACUGACCUAGUGCCCUCUUGGACUUUCUUGAGAGGCAAGUGAGCAGGUAUGGAUUAUAUAAAGACUUCCUCCUCUAUUUUCUUCCAUGACUACUCAACUCUGUGUCCAACCUUAUGCAAAAAUGUUUUGGUAUGAGGAUAGACAGAGAUGGGUAUAACCUCACUCAAUUCUCAUCUUGGACCUAUCCAUACUCCAGUGAUGUAGUAGUUGGGAUUCAACGUGGUAGGUGGGACAUCCAUGACACCUCAUGAUUCCUGAGUACAUUCACCCAUUUGAUGCCAUUGUUAAAGUACUAUAUUAAUGGAUGCUUGCUAAAUUUUGGACAAAAAGAUGAACGACUUCAUAAGACUUAGAUUAUUCAAGUGUGUCUGAAACAUCAAGCAUCAGACUGUGGCAGGUACAUAGAAGUUAAUUGAAGAGUGGGGUCUUUCUAUUACAUACUUGAUCUCCUUUAGUUUCAGAAACUGGCCAGGAUACAGUUGAAUAGAAGUGCCUUCACUAGAUGUAGCAACAAAGAGACUUGGGGUGACCGGAUGGAGUGCAGGACUGGGGGUCAGUGUGAGUCUCAAUUUCCCUUUUGACCAUAAAAUUCAUCUAGCCCCAGAGAAAGGCAGAGACCAGCAACCUCAUCACUUCACACACACACACACA